GCACACACUCUUGCGGAUGUCAUGCUGAAAACACACACUAACAACACACACACAGACACACACAGACACACACACACAGUGCUGAUCGGGGCUGUCACUUCACAGUAACUCAGUGAUGAAGUUAAAGGAGCUGGAGAGUUGUCUGCAGCAGGUCGACGUGUUCGAGGAGCCCAAAAUCCUCCUGGAACAAUAUCCGACCAGUCCUCACAUCGCAGCAUGCAUGCUUUACACGAUCCACAACACGUUUGAUGACCUCAAGGGGAAACUAGUGGCUGAUCUGGGAUGUGGCUGCGGAGUCCUCAGCAUCGGGGCUGCGAUGCUUGAUGCAGGUUUGUGUGUGGGCUUCGACAUCGACGACGACGCACUGGAGAUAUUCAGAAGAAAUGCAGAGGAGUUUGAGAUUUCUAACGUGGAUCUGGUCCAGUGUGACCUGUGCUCUCUGGAGGCAGAGACCUAUGCGAAAAAGUUUGACACAAUCAUAAUGAAUCCACCAUUUGGGACCAAACACAACCAAGGGAUGGACAUGAAGUUCUUACGGGCCGCUUUAACAAUGGCAAAGACAGCAGUGUAUUCACUUCAUAAAACAUCAACACGAGAGCACAUACAAAAGAAGGCUAACGACUGGGGAGUGAAGAUGGAAGUAAUAGCAGAACUAAGGUACGACUUGCCAGCAUCUUACAAAUUCCACAAAAAGAAAUCAGUUGACAUCCACGUGGACUUCCUACGAUUCUCCAAAGCCUGACGCUUUCACUGGAAUGGAUUAAUUUUGCCUCUGCGUUUUCACCGUUUAUAAUAAAUGUUUUCAAAAAGAAAAA